AUGGCAAAAAAAGAUGGCCAAGGCUUACAUUUGUCCAACCAAAUCAACCAAGCAAUGGAUACUACUCCUAUAGAAGAAAUAUCUAUAAACCAUGGCAUUGGGCAACCAAAAGCCAUGCAAGCGGAACACCUAAUCAUUACCCUACCGCCCAAUCCCUCUCAAACUUCCCCUAGCCCUUCUCACACGCCUAAGUUAGAAACGUUAGAGAUACCCAUCCCUUAUCAAAAUGCCCAGAAUCCCUUCAACCAUAAGGAGACGUCUCAGAUUGAUACAAAUCCUAAGGCAACACAGAGCAAUUGCCAUGGAGAACCUUCCUCCCUUUCCACCACAAGUAGAAAAUCCUCAAAUAAUUUACGUCCAACCACCACAAGCACAGGACUAUCAACCAGUAUCAUGGAUGGAAAUGGGAUUAAUGGGCCAUGCAGUAUCAUUCAAUCUGCAAAUCAACGGCCAAGACUCAAUUGUGAUACUUCACAACACCCAGUAUUUGGCUCAACUAGUAGCGGAGGGCAUGAGACUAGCUAUGAACAAUUACCUCAACCAGGUUUGGCUAAACAACAUCCUACAACCCCUAGCUCCCUCAGUGAACCCUCAACUAGUACAUGCAAUGAGAAAUCAUUGUAA